AAAUACGUGUUUUUUAUAUUCUUUCAGUCUUUUCAGAUCAUAUCCGGAAAUGCAAAACUUAUUCCCCGAGUUUCGAGGUCAGGGAAACGUCGAUGUGCUGGAAGAAACAAAAUUUUUAAACGGCCAUUCGAGACGCUUAAUGACGGCGGUCGAGAACAGCGUAAACUCGCUAAAUGAUUUCCAGUCUUGUUCCACAUAUCUUCAAGAGCUGGGUCGAAGACACAAGUCGAGAAAACUGAAACCCCACUAUUUAGAGAGAAUGGGAGCGGCGAUGAUGUUGGCAUUUAAAGAAUUUUUCCCGAAUUUGUGGACAGAGGAGAUGGACGAAGCAUGGAAUAAAUUAUACAGAUAUAUUGCUGACAUGAUGAUCGCAGGAUUAGAUGCAAGUUAGCAAACUACUUGACCACGCAAAAAACGAGAUUAGUUUGAAAGCGAAUUUAGUACGCUAAAAAUCUCAAUUACUUUGAUUACCAAACAAAUUUUGCCGUCCUUAUAUAUAAUCGCACACUACAGUAACAUUUAUACUUCAAGUUGUUUCCAGGACUUUUACUUUAGUCAUUACUUCAUGUAAGAAAAUUUCAAAUAUUCCUUCCAGGAAGUGCAUUUAUAAACAAAAUCAUUUAUUUUGAGAAGUGAAAUUCUCAGCAUUACAAAGGUUUGAAAUAAUGCACAAAUAUUCUUGAAUGUCUUUCACCAUUCAUACGGCUGAAAAACAUAAAACAACAGGCCUUGAAGCCUGCUUUAAAAUGUGAAACUAUUAUGAUUACAAAAUAAAUUGUUGAUAUGCAAAA